AUGACGAGGAACGACCAGGAUUUUCUCGACUACCUUGAGUCUAUCCGCAAUGACGUAAUGCGAUAUUCCCACGGAGUCGCAGACUCGAUCGAUCGACAAGUUGACCAUGCCGCGAAUGCGAUCAAGGAGACAUUCGCACAGCAGUCAUGGCUGCCACCCACUAUUCGUCCAGCUCGAGCUUCUCCGAGGGGGCGACCACCCCCAGGUCUGACAGCCCGGAUCCAAGACUGGAUGAUUCGGAAUCGCGCAUGGACUGCGGCCAUCCUCGCCUUUCUCGGAACUGGCGUUGUCUUAUACUAUGGAAAUAAGAAGCUACAUGGGAAGCGGAAAAAGGCUAGGAGGGCGAGUAACGGUGCCAGGAAAGAGAUUGUGGUUGUCGCUGGCUCGCCACAUGAGCCGAUGACGAGAGCUAUUGCCGCGGACCUGGAACGUCGAGGAUACAUUGUAUAUGUGACUGUGUCAUCUGCAGAUGAGGAGCAUAUUAUCAAGUCCGAGAACCGUGCGGAUAUCAAGGCUCUUUGGUUAGACGUUACGACAUCCUCCUCGCCGUCUGAACUCCACCCUUCUUUACAAGAACUCCGAUCUCUGAUUACUCAAGCCCAAUCGCCCGUCGCCGGAGUGCCUCCGCACACCUGCGUUCUGAGUGGCUUGAUCGUUGUCCCGUCACCAAACUACAGCGCCGGUCCCGUCGCAACAAUCCCACAAUCAUCCUGGGCCGACACAGUCAACACGCGCAUCCUCUCGCCCAUCCUCACAACACAAGCCUUCCUCCCCCUUCUUACCCUCCGCAGCAACAGCAGCACCAUCAUCUUCGCCUAUCCCUCCAUAUCCUCCUCUCUUUCCGCACCCUUUGCCGGACCCGAAGUCGCCACAGCCCGAGCAAUCUCAGGCUUCGCGGCUUCACUUCGCCAGGAACUCCGCCUGCUCGAACACGGAAAUGUCGAUGUCGUCGAGCUGCACCUAGGCAACAUCGACCUAGGCCCUGUCUACCGGGGUGGCCAGAACCAGAUCGCAGGUACGGAAGUACUCGCGUGGAAUACCCAACAGCGAGCUCUAUAUGCGUCGCAAUAUCUGUCCAGCGUUGAGCAGCGCCCUGUUGCCUCGGCAGGUCCCGGUUUAGUGCGCGGAUCACCAGCACGGGAUCUGCAUCAUGCUAUCGUGGAUGCCCUGGAGCUCACUCCGCGGGAUAUCUUCGGUCGGCAGGUGUCCAAGAAGUCUGUCAUGUAUGUAGGCCGAGGCGCUUGGUCGUACAGCAUGAUUGGAGCCUGGGUUCCUAGCGGGCUCGUGGCGCUGAUGAUGGGGUACCGCAGUGGGAAUGGGAGCUCUGACACGCCUAGUGGUAGUGGCAGUGAAUCCAACUGGGAGAGUGUUUGA